AUGGCAUCAUCUUCUUCCAAUCAAGCUCAAGAAGGGUACUCUCAAGAGGCCACCAUGGCUGCCAUUACAUCCUACUAUGAGCUCCUCGCUCGUGUACACCCGGACAGCGUCUCUUCUCUCAAAUACCCUCCCCCAAACGGAUGGCCUCAGAUCUCACGCGAUUCUUUUUCGAUUUUAGGCAGGACCGACACUUUCAUUGCGCUGCUGCGGCACAUUCCGUAUUUCAUGAGCGAUCACAUAACCUUCAUGAAAGCAACCACUCCCAAAACUACAUAA